UUUGAACAUGAGCAUCCCGCGUUCACCAAACGGCACAGGUCAGGCUUCAGAUUCUCGACAGAAAUCCGUGCUGGGGCAGGAAGGCAGCAUGGACAAGCUGCGAGCCUCUGCCCCACCUCUGGCCCAUCUGAAGCUGGUGAUGAAUGGAUCCCACCUCCGAGGUACACACCGGGUGGUCUUUGAUGGUGCCCUCACCCACCAGGAGUGUGUCACCCUGCGCAAUGUCGCCCAUACCUUGGCAGCGCUGGGAGAAGAGGAACCUGGAGAUAACUCUGCUCACCCUCAGAGCACUAACCUCGAGGAACUGAGCAUCAAAACAAUAUUGACGUUGGCCCGUGACUCCCUGGUUGACCCACCCGCUGCCCGCCUGUAUUACCAUGCCAGUGUGCGAGUGCAACGCAUUACACAGCAAUUCUUUACCACCCUCCCUCUUCACCCAUCCAUCUCCAUCCUGUCCUGUCGUGGUCCAGUGACAGGAGACCAGGAGGCCAGGAGGGGCACAGUGUCAAGGGACCCAUGUCUCCAGGAGCCAGAGGGGGCAGAGUGUUGGAGGGAGUCACUCCAAGACUCAGCUGGAGACUACAGGGGUUUUCUCUAUCUCAAUGAUGAAUUUGACGGAGGGGAGUUCUACUUCACGGAUCAGGGAGGCAAGAGAGUUUCAAUGAUUCUCGAUAGGAUGUGA